AUCAUGCAACCCUACAAGCCUCACCACAUAGGGUUCUUGCAAUUGGUAUCAAGCUUGGCGAACCAAGGCUACAGUAGCGAAGUUCAUGGUGGAUGGAUGCACGUGUGGAUGCUUCCAUGGUGGUUUGUGUGCUUCGUACUCUGUUUGGCCUACACAUGCAAUUUUGUGGCUUUCCUUACCGUCACCGUGCCUACAAAACGCAUUGAAACCAUCAACGAGCUGGCCGACUCGAAUAUAAUAGUGGCUAUGGAAGACUACGGAAAUUUUGUUCCCGGUGCGCUGCGGCAAUCAACAGACCCAAGCUUGGCGAAAAUUGGGGCCAAAUUACAAUUAUUUCAUUCAUACGAGGAGUUGGGCCCAAUGCUACAAGAAAAAGUUGCUAAAGGGACACAUGCUGUUAUUAAUGGACAGUCCUACCACUACUACGUCAGGGAUCUCAACAACGUCACGUCUCAGACCUACUUCAUGCAAGAAGUGUUGUACCCAAGCUACCUGGUAUACUACCUACCGAAAAACACGCCCUACACCGAACUGCUUUCUGAGAACCAGCAGCGCCUCGUAGAGGCAGGCAUUAUACGAAAACUCUACAACAAACACAUGUUGAAGGAGAUUCCCCCUGAUAAGGAAGAUGAUUUGCGACCCCUGGCUUUGUCCCACCUCGCGGCCGCCUUCAUCCUCUGUCCCUGCCUGUACGUGGGGGCAACUUUGUGCCUGCUGCUAGAGCUGCUCACCGCGCGGCGUGCAAAGCAAGGGAAAAACACGUACGCCAUGGAAUCCCUUUUCCUGGGUUGAAUUUUUGAUUAUGCGAAGCGCGAAAUUCCAUAGGAUGAAUGGAAUUUGAACAGUUCAAUGCAUUUCCACAAUUAAAAAUGAACACCGCUUUCCAUUUGGAAUUUGAUGCGGCAGUUCACUUAAAAUACUACCCUUCUUCACCGAACUUCUGUCAGUGGGUCAGAAUAAUUCUUGCGUUCAUAUUGCGCCUAUGUAGCCUAGUAGUCCCACCCUAUGCACGUGUAUCACUAGUAAUAAGCAAGCACUUUAGAUCUUGUGAACGAUUAUUCGUUCGUUUUUUCCCUAGAAAUAUUUAUUGUCCUCCCUAAGCAAAUCUGACAACGAUUUACAACUACUGCUACGCGACAUCAACAUAACCACAGCUGCCCAUCGUCAAAGUCAAACGGUACAAUAACUUGAUACUACAUUUAUUAGCUUAUUUAGUAAAACAAAUGCACCUGAAACUACAUGUCAGAGAUUAAUAGGCGAUGCAUGGAACCUGGUGGCUCGCGACAAGUGGACGGACCUACUAGUGGUGCUUGAUCACAAAAAAGUUAAUUAUCGCUGAUGUAGUCCAAUAGUAAAGUAUUGAAUGAGUAGGAAACAGUCAUAUGUUCCAACAAAAUUGUGUCAAAAAAAUUCCUAAGAAAGUUGUACUAUGAAAGUUGCAUCUGCUGUGUGUAAUUCGAUUAGAAUCAAAAUAAUCGACAUAAAUUGGAUAUGCUUCUUUCAAUGAAUAAAUUCAUUAAUACGAAUAAUACCGUAAGUAAACAGCGUUUUCGGUGGCAAUUAAUGAUUCUAGCUAAAUAGCUGUAUCGUUUUUGAAUGGAUAAAUGCUUUAAAAUCUGCAAAAAAAACGAAUCUGCGUGUGAGUCUUUAGCCAAAAUCAGCCUCUACACUGAUCAUAGACCUCUUAUGUUUAGGGUAUACGUUUUUCUAUUCUCCACAGCCUACGUUCUAGAGUAAAUACUAGUCGCCAUCAAAAUGUAUUAUACGAAGAAGUUAUUUGCCUGGAUUAGCAAUAUUUAAAUUUUUUUGUGGUCCUUAACCUCAAAGUUAGAUUUGGAGAAGAA